CCAAAGUGUUUUCUCCUACAAAUGCACAUUAUCUUUUCUUAAUUAGCACUUGUAAAGCUAUUUGGUUUUGGAAUAUAAGUAUCUGCCAAAAUGUCUUUGUUUGGUAAGGUGGAGGCUGAUGUAGAAAUCAAGGCUCCAGCUGAAAAAUUUCACGAGAUCUUCAGCUGUAGGCCACACCACAUAUCCAAUGUAUCCCCUGGCGUAAUACAGGGAUGUGCUUUACAUGAAGGUGACUGGGGCAAUGAGGGCUCUGUCAUCAACUGGGAUUACGUCCAUGAUGGGAAAGCUAAAGUUGCUAAGGAGAUAAUCGAAGCAAUAGAUAAGAAAAACAACUCUGUCACUUUCAAAGUUAUUGAAGGAGAUCUCAUGGAGGAGUACAAGAACAUCAAAAUCACUAUUCAAGCUACUCCAAAGGGUGAAGGCAGCUUGGUGCAUUGGACUAUUGAAUAUGAAAAGCUGCAUGAGAAUAUUGUAGAACCAAAUACAUUGCUUCAGCUUGCACUUGAUCUCAGCAAAGACCUUGAUGCUCACCUUGUCCAGGCAUAGAGACAAAAUGGUUAUGUUUUCUCCUAGUAUUGACUACAACAAUAAAACAGUGUACGAGACUUUGUUCUCCUAAUUAUGAAUUAUGUAUGUCAAUUUUAAUCUUGUGUGGGCUAACUGGAGCCACUUGUUGCAAAAAUCCAUGUACUCUUAUGGUAACCUAUAUAUUUUAAUAAAUGUGGGGCUUUUGUUUUAUGAA